AAUCUUGAAUUUUGCAUAAUCAUCAAAAUCAUGACAGCGAUCGCCUCUGGUGUGAUUCUAAUCUUGUUUUCGUUGACCGGAAUUGUCUCGGCCGGAAGAGAUGAUACCGGCGACGUACUCAGGUUACCGUCGGAAGCUUAUAAGUUCUUCCAAGGAGGCGACAAAGAUGAAACUGAGGGCACCAGAUGGGCGAUCUUGAUUGCUGGAUCUAAUGGGUAUUGGAAUUACAGGCAUCAGGCUGAUGUUUGCCACGCUUAUCAACUGCUGAGAAAGGGUGGUCUGAAAGAGGAAAAUAUAAUUGUUUUUAUGUAUGAUGACAUUGCCUUCAAUGAAGAAAACCCUAGACAAGGAAUCAUUAUUAACAGUCCCCAUGGCAAUGAUGUUUAUAAGGGAGUUCCAAGGGAUUACACCGGAGAAAAUGUUACUGUUAACAACUUUUUUGCUGCUAUUCUUGGAAACAAAUCCGCUAUCACUGGUGGUAGUGGCAAAGUUGUAGAUAGUGGCCCCAAUGAUCAUAUUUUCAUUUUUUACUCUGACCAUGGAGGUCCUGGUAUUCUUGGAAUGCCUAGCGUACCUUAUCUUUUUGCUGAUGAUUUAAUUGAUGUUUUAAAGAAAAAGCAUGCUUUGGGAACCUAUAAAAGCUUGGUGUUCUAUCUUGAAGCUUGUGAGUCUGGAAGUAUCUUUGAGGGUCUUCUUCCAGAGGGUUUGAAUAUCUAUGCAACGACAGCGUCAAAUGCAGUUGAGAGUAGCUGGGGAACAUAUUGUCCAGGAGAGUACCCAAGUCCUCCCCCCGAGUACGAAACCUGCUUGGGAGACUUGUACAGUGUGGCUUGGAUGGAGGACAGUGACAUGCAUAAUUUGCGGACGGAGACUUUGCACCAGCAAUAUGAACUCGUGAAAAAGAGGACUAGCAAUGGCAAUACAGCAUAUGGCUCUCAUGUCAUGCAAUUUGGUGAUAUAGGUAUUAGCAGGGAUCAUCUCUUAGCAUACUUCGGUACAAAUCCUGCAAACGAUAACUUCACAUUUGUUGACAAGAACUCCUUGGUGCCACCUACAAAAGCUGUUAAUCAACGCGAUGCUGAUCUUGUCCAUUUCUGGUAUAAGUAUCACAAGGCACCUGAUGGCUCGGCUAGGAAGGUUGAAGCCCAAAAGCAGUUUAUGGAAGCCAUGUCUCAUAGGAUGCAUAUAGAUGAUAGUAUUAAACUCAUUGGCAAGCUGUUAUUUGGAAUCGAAAGAGGACCGGAAGUUCUGAACACUGUUCGGCCUGCUGGUCAACCUCUUGUUGACGACUGGAAAUGCCUCAAGAAAAUGGUGAGAACCUUCGAGACCGAUUGCGGAUCACUGUCUCAGUACGGGAUGAAACACAUGCGUUCCCUUGCGAACAUCUGCAAUGCUGGGAUACAGCCGGAAAAGAUGGCCGAGGCAUCAGCACAAGCUUGUGUCAGCAUUCCUUCGGGACAUUGGGGCUCCCUUGAGAAAGGGUUCAGUGCAUAAAAUGUAGCAGAAUUGGCAAGCGUCAACUUUGAUGAUGUUGUACUGUAUGCCGUAAUGUAUUUUCCUAUGUACUUAUUGUCCGAAGCU